UUUAUUCAUCCCUCAGUGGGGAAAUUAAGUCAUUAACAGCAGCAGUACACACAACAUAUGCAUUCAUUACGGGUACAAAAAAACUAAUAAGAUAAAGAACUACGGUAAUAAAAAAAAAAGAAACAGCAUUGCAAUUGAAGAACAGUAUUAAAGACAAGUAUGAGAAAAAUAUAAAAGAGAAAGAAAGAUCAGUGCCAACAAAAACAGGUAUGGAUGUGAUGAUGAUAUUGAUAUUGCACAUGAUUAAUAAAUAGUUAGGGGUGUAGUAUUGCACUUUUAUUGUUGUUGGUGGUGUUGGCCUGCUAGGAGAGGGUCUGGUUAUAGAUAUAGAUAUUUAUAUAUUUAUAUUAAUAAGAGACGGUAUGAAGUUGCCGUUGUCAAUUUUAACAUGAUGCACUGAUUAACCUUAAUGUGAAGUUCCCCAUCCUUUAGGCCCAGAUAGUUGCCAGCAUUAUUUAAUUAAAUGUACACAUUAAUACAUUUACAGGACAGAUAGAAAUCACAGAUGCACAUCCACAUUCGUACUGGAACAGACGGAGAAGAGCGUAAAUCUACUGUGUUGAUGGUUUUCACAUGUACAAGGUGAAGCCUUCGUGUUUUGGAACUCCAUGACCUCGAGCCUGCUUUAUAUCAGGUGAACACAGGUGUGAGUGUAGGUACGAUAGGUGUCAUAACCCUGCAUUUUCAACAUAAGCUUUCACUUGUUUACUGCCAAAGAGGGCGCGGCUUUAUCCCUACUUUAUAUGCGCGCACCGAGUUCACCCAAGUUAAAUAGGUACACACACACACACACACACGCACGGCCUACUUUUCCCAAAUCUAUCGCUCAUGUGCGGGAAAAGUGAGACUUUUCAGAGAGGGGAAGAGUGAGGUUCGUGUCUCCCUCUGCUGUGCCGAUGCGCAGACGGUUCGGGGACAGGUUUCUGCGCUCCAAACCAACAUGAGUCUGAACCACCAGCGCGUCAUGCGUGUCUUCCUCGUCUCCUGCUCCGUGCGAUCAGUGCCUCUGUGUUCCGCAAUCCCCCGGGAUACUGUACCGCCCUCGAUGUCUCUGCCGUUGGCGUUUCGCACAUAUUGAAUGGCUGCCUGGAGCGAGGAAAAGCGAGGAGAAAGAGCGCUGCCUCGCCUCCUUUGAAACCAGCGCUGUCUGUCUGCGUCAACUUCCCAGCGAGGGGUGAGUGUCUUCUUGUCUGUCGCUGUGUGAGGCGCCCGGCCGGGGUCGUCUGAGGAUCCAUCGCAGGAGGAGGAGGAGGAGGGGCGGAGAGGGGAGAACUGUGCCGGUGCUCUCCGUUAGAAGAGCUCUGAAUUUGGGCUGAACGGUUCAGCAGAUACGGAACAUUUUAAGCUCGAGAAAGUCUGCACUUUACCUGGCAGACUCCCAAACUCACUGUGUGCAUAACUGUGCUUCUCACUCAAGAGUGUGCGAGGUGUGUGUCGAAGGGUUAGUUCCAUGUCUCUGCUCUCUAAAAUAUGCGAAAAUGCGGUGGCAGUCAGGUUUUUUGGCACGGCGGCUCUUGCGCGCCGGUUGUAAAGAAUUGUGCCUUGUUGUGCUCCAACCCCCCCACCCUGCACCCUCCCUCCCCUCCGCUCCGUGCCGCACUGGUUCCGUCUGGCUCGCCCUCAGCUGCUGCGUGUCCUGGGAUGACCUGUUGAUGUCGGUAGAAUGGAGAAUGGCAGGGGGAGCGAUUUCCCCCAUCACCAAAAUAUUUAAAUAAGCAACAUUUGGGCUGACAACCGGCAGAGCCGCAGCACAGCUCCCUCCUCCGCACAGGCAGUAAGUGUCUCGUUUGUGUUUUGAGUGUGGAUUAUCGCGGAAAUGCGUGACAUUGUGCAGCUGCCGGGGCUGAAUGUGCAUGAGGUGGAUGGUGCGCCGGGGCCAACCCAAAAAUAUUUAACAGCGCUGUUAGCUUAGCCAUUAGCCACCUCUAUAGUAGGCCUGCUGCUGCGGAUGGAGACAGGACAUCCAACAUUUCAGCAGGAAGACAUGAGGAAGUUAGGACUGCCCCGUCUGCUGCUCUUAAUGACUUUGAUUCAUUCGCUUUAAUGCCAUUUGAUAGCUCGUAAACAGGAACACACACCGUCGCCCUCACCCGGGUAUCACCGGGGCUCGCUGCCAUCCUGUGUCGCCCCCCUCCCGCCGCGUCCCGGCUCCGGUGCCAGCAGACGGUGGAGCUCUCCCGGCGGAUAGCCAGGCGCACAGAGCUCCCCAUUACCCGGCAUCCUUCCCCCUGAAAACAUGAGUGUGCAGGGGCAGAGAGUAGCCGGGACACCCAUCAUGUCAUUUCUGUAGUAAUAUGUGGAGUUAUGAAGUUCAGAAGGUAUUAUUUUUUUUUUUUUUACAUGUGUGCGCUCUUUAGUCUUCAGAUUCUUCCUGUUAUAUAAGAAUAACCAAGAGAGUCAGGCCUAAGCUGUGCAGGCAGGCAUGGGCACAUUAGAACCAGGAAAUGCCUAUAGAGGGAAUGAAUGCAUUGUGUGCCAGCUGCCCCAAUGACUCCACAGUAAUCAUGCCCUUGGCAAAGUAGAAGCUGUUAAUUUCACUUAAACUGCACAAAAUGGUGAGUGGAGAUUAGGACUGGGCAAUACAUCUAUUUAAGAAAUAUAUUGAUAUAUUCUUUGACGGUGAUCGAGAACCGCCACUGCUGCAAAUAAAUAAAAAAACAAAAAAAACAGAUGUUGACGAUACAAAAAAAGUGUCAAUGCAAAAAAAAUAAAAGUUACUUACUGCGAAAAUAAAAGGAUGCGCAUAAAUUAUGACGGGUCUGCAUACUUAUUUUUAUGAGUAAAGGUCCUCACACACCGGGGCCGACGCAAAUAUUGAAUGCGAAAUAUUCGGAGGCGAAUUUUGACGCGUCUGACUAUACACAUCAAGUCCGGUGCGAUUUUGCGACAUAUGGGAAAAAGACGCAUCCCAGGGAAAGUCCUGCCUCCUUCGCAUCUGAUUGGCUAGAAAAGCGGGAAACAUCAUCACACGCUCAAGCCAAACAGUCAGCCCUUAUAGCCAAUCAGAGGCGAUAAGAUAAGCACAUGAAACUAUGGUAACAACUGUUAGCUUAUGUUAGUACAGAUGAAGGUUCAAACAAAGACGUUUAUCAAACUGUUAAAGCUCACAAACCAUCAUCAUAUGAGAAAUCCGACGCUAUGACUCUCCACAAGUCGUCCUUCAGGUCGUUAUCUUUGUAAUGUUUGUGUUUUUUAUCACUCUGUUCUCCGACACGUAAACAAUCAGCCGGUCGGCCAUGUUGGAUAUACAAUCUGACGUCGCAACAACACAAAAUCUGAUUGGUCAGAAGUGGACACACAGUCUGAGAAACUUUAGAAAAAUCGACUGUGAUCUGAAAAAAUAAAUGCCCCAAUAUCGCAGGACGGGAAAACGUCGCUGAUGUGAACGCUUGUAUUGACAGGAUACAGGUUCGAAAAAAAAUAUUGACGUCUGAGAUAAUCGCACGACAAAACGGUCGCGGUGUGAAAGGACCUUUAGCUGAAGCUAACUGGACACCGAGAUCCUCCAGUUCAACUUCAUAUGGACUCAGGCGCUACAUGGCCUGAGUCUGAAAACUUUACGAAGCGAAAUUAAUCAAUAACCUUUCCACUUACUUCUUUGCUCGUCUUCUCGCCGUCAUCUCCGGCGCCUGGAUCGUAAAACACCAGUGCAUCAUUAUUAUUGGUCCCCGGCAGUUCACUUCUGUUGUGGCUUUUUUUAUUUGCUUCCUUUUAUUUUCACAGUAACUUUUUUUGUUUUUUGCAAUGCCGCUUUUUUUUUAUUGUCGUUAACUUCUGUUGUGGCUUUUUUUUUAAAAUCUGCACCGUUUCUUUUUUUAUUUGCAACGGGCUUUGUUUUUUUUUUUUGUUUUUUUUUUUGCAUCAGUAACUUCCAUUAUGACAGCACUAACUGUUUAUCAAAGUCAAAAAGAGAGAAGAGGGGGAAAUGUUAACUGAGCUCAUAGUCUCGGUUGAGACUGUUAGAAAGAUAAGAAAGACAGAUCGGUAAUCUCAAAAUGAUGUUUAAAAACAAUUUUCUUAAACUGAGCACUUUAUUUUUUUGUUCUGUCUUUAUACAUGUAAAUGCUGCCCUUACUGGGGUUUGUCAUAUUUUAUUCUUUUGUAGUGUUCGUUGUUUGCAUCUGUGGAUUUGUUAGAGGGGAGAAAAAAAUCUACAAUCUGAUUUUAAUCGGCCAUGUAUAGUAGUCAAAAUGUUGAUGCUUUUCUCAUAUAUAAUACAUUUAUUUCAUAAAAAGAUAGGCCUAUUUUACUUUAAGGGCUAUAUUUAAGAUACUCCUGUGGUUAUACAGUAUUUAUAUUUACAUUUUAUUGUUCUUUGAACAGCUGAGCAGAAUUUCACCCGGCCAGUUUAAAUAGAGAACUACUUGUGACAUGUCAUAUUUAGCUGUGACUGUGACUAAACAUUUGCUCUCACUUUGCCAAAACAAUAUCAGGAUAUACAUCGUAUAUCAAUAUUCAGCCUAAAUACAUCGGGAUAUGACUUUUGGUCCAUAUCGCCCAGCCCUAGUGGGGAUACAUUUACAGCUGUCCCAUCACAACAUGACAUUCGCCCCUCUGAAUGCAGGCAGGACAUUCUUAAGGCGGACAAUGGAAAGUCUUUGGUCUGAAGCAUGUUGUAUGUUUGACCUACUUUCCUCACCAGGAUGGUUGGUUUGAGAUCGGAGCUGCAGGGUGAAAUCGGGUGACUUUCAUUCUUUCACAUCACUGCGCUCUAUAUAUUUAAUGGAAUAAGGACCUGAGAUGAUCCCUCUCAUCUCUGCAGGCCUCAGCGCCCCUCCUUGGUGCAUGAAGAGACACAUACAAACACACACACACACACACACACACACACACACAGGCACAUUCUCUCUCUGUCAGGACAAACUGUGCAAACACACCCUGCUCUCUCAGCCCUGUGCCUGUUUGUCUUUAUGUGCACGCAUGUGUGCUUACUGCGGCUCGCCAAACUGUAAACAAGCAGUAUUGUCUAAUGCCUGUGUGUGACUCAGUGUGCCUUUUGUGGGUUUGUUUGAGUUUGUGUGUGCGCAUCUGUGUUUUAGUAUGAGGGAGAGGGAGCUUGAGUGAGACAGAGACAAAGAGAGCAUUUCUCUUUACCCUGGAGCUUGGCGAGGUCCCAAAUGAAAGGCUUUGGAUAUGAUGGGGCGGCUCACUCCAGCCCUCAUCACUCAGGCACACCAAAGUUGGUUGUAUGCCUCUCACAGGGUGGGCUCCAACCAGUUUGCUCUCACAGUGUCACAGGUUGUCACUGCUUGGUAUGCACUGAUGUGUGUGUGAGUUUUGCAUGCAUUCAUGCAACACUUUUAAGUGAUACAACACUUACUAGGUGAAAGUGUCACUGUUUGAAGUGUGCAGUGGAGACCUGUAGGCUCAUCACAUAUGUGAAAAUAAUCAAAGUCUGAGUUUAUGGCUGAAUUGGUUCUAUAGCACACUACUAAGGGAGGUGGUUAUGUGGUCUUAGUGCCUAUAGCGGGCACAGUGCCUAUGCAUGCAAAGUCUCUGCACUUUAAAGUGAUAUUCCGGUGUGAAAUUAAGUUAGAGUCAAACACACCGUAACCCUGAGUUAGACACCCCCUCCAGAGAUGAAUGUUGCCGACCGCUUGCUUCUCUAGUUAUACCAACUUCAGUAACGACCGCAGGAUAGAAAUACACAGAGGUCUGAGGAGUCAUAAACAAACCUCAACCAAAACGCCACUCUAUAACCACAAAUAAUGCUCAGAACAGCACCUAACUUCAUCAACUUCUUCACGGAAAUACAAUCAGACCGAGACGCUAAGGCAGAAGAACUACCGUUCUGCAGUGCAAAAUGAUUAAUAUGGUGAUUAUUACUUCAAGGAAAUGAUGAAGAAAUGAUCAUAAAUGUUCUUCCUUGAGCUGCGUCACCCCGCUGUAGUCCUUAAUGGACUGGCCUGAGGUCUCACUACAAACAAGCGGCUGCUGGAAGAGAGUAGGUGAGUCGUGUUUAGUCUCUUUGCUAAAGAAAUGAGUCAAAGUUAAAAAGAUGUUUGGUGUCUAGUACUAUGGCUGGGACCCUAUAUGUACUAACCUCAGUAGAACAUGGUGUAGUUCAGUUUAGUAACAGAACCUCAUUGGAAAAUUCGCUGAUUUAAGUUUACUGUGCUCUUGUUCACAUAUAUUAACUCGACAGCACAUAUAUCUAUAACUGUUAACAAAAUCAUGAUUUUAUUGAUAAUUCGGCUCAAUAAAAACACCUUUACCUUUUCAUUUUACUACAGUGGAAGUUUCUUGGCCCAGCUUAUAGACUACAGAGGUGGAGAAACGCCCCCGCUUAAGUUUGUUUUCUUAGGAGUUAGAACAACUCUGAGUAUAGUACUAUGUCUGUGACCCUAUAUGUCCUGUUGAUGAAGUUAGGUGCUGUUCUGAGCAUUAUUUGUGGCUAUAGAGUGGCGUUUUGGUUGAGCCCGUGGCUCUCUGUAUUGCUAUCCUGCGGUCGUUACUAAAGUUUGUAUAACUAGAGAAGCAAGCGGUCGUCAACAUUCAUCUCUGGAGGGGGGUCUAACUCGGUGUUACAGUGUGUUUGACCCUUACUUAAUUUUAUGCCAGAAUAUCCCUUUAAGUAGAUUCCUCUGUUAUUCUGGUAAACACGGUUCUGCAGACAAAACCCAAAAUAUGCAGAAACAUGUUAGUAGGAACAAAACUCUUGUCCUGUGUUGCCGCCUGCACACACACUCACACACUCAGAGUUCCUAUCUCCAGCUAAUGGAGCUUUGCUUCACUUUAAUUUAAUAUUGACAUAAUAUAGGAGUCUUAGAGGGGGCACGGGGUGAGAGGGUUUGUUUGCCUCUGACUGUUUGGGGAGGUUCAUGGAAACAUGUUAGUGUUAGUGCAGUAUUUGUUUAGGCCACACACACAUUUGCACAUAGAAUAACAGAAUGUGACCCAGUUAUCCAAGGACAGCAGGAUUUUAUAGCUCAUAGAAGACAGAAAAUAAAAAGGCUUUUACUGAGCCCGCUCUUGGCAAUAACAACUUCUGGGAGGCUGGAGUGACGUAUAGGAUUAAUGCAACGUAGAUUAUCCAUGAAGGCUCCAACAAAACUUUGUUUCAAAUAUCAACGUUCUGUGGGUCUGCCAACAGCCCUCAGUGGGACUGUGUGAAGAAAUAUUUGCGGCCUGUGUCAGCUGGAUAUGCCAAAGGAUAUAAUUCUUUGAUUCAGGACUACUUUUCUCAGGAACAGACGCACUGCAUUUGCUUUUAUGGGCUUCGUGACCGUGCCAUGAAAAUAAAAGGAUUAGAACAGUUUGAAAGAGAGUGCAUGUGUCUACAUCUAAAGAGCUCCUCCAACUUACACGCGUUUGAAUUAAUUUUCCUGGAUGACUUUGGUGAAAAAACUACUAUAAACUCGGCAUUUUUUCUAAACCUUCAUUCUUAAACAUAAGAUUGGGGCAGUACACCCUCCCCCCGCUCCCUUUAACAAAAGUAAAUGGGACUGUUAUAAAAAGGUAUUUGAGUUAUUCCACCUGUGACUGCUGCCACCCUCCUCAUGAAGCAUUUAGGAGGACACACGAGGUUUUUAAUGAAGCUUCAGCAAUUAAUCCUUAAAGGGAUAUCCCGGUGUAAAAUUAAUUUGGGGUCAAACACACCACUUUUGUGGUCUAUAAGCUGGGCCAAGAAACUUCUACUGUAGUAAAAUGAAAAGGUAAAGGUGUUUUUAUUGAGCCGAAUUAUCAAUAAAAUAAUGAUUUUGUUAACAGGUAUGGAUAUAUGUGCUGUCGAGUUAAUAUAUUUGAACAAGAGCACAGUAAAGUUAAAUCAGCAAAUUUUCCAAUGAGGUUCUGUUACUGAACAGAACUACACCAUGUUCUACUGAGGUUAGUACAUAUAGGGUCACAGACAUAGUCCUAGACACCAAACAUCUUUUUAACUUUGACUCAUUUCUUUAGCAAAGAGACUAAACACAACUCACCUACUCUCUUCCAGCAGCUGUUUGUUUGUAGAGAGACCUCAGGCCAGUCCAUUACGGACCAUUACGGGUGCUGCAGCUCAAGGAAGAACAUUUAUGAUAAUUUCUUCAUGGAAAUACAAUCAGACCGAGACGCUAAGACAGAAGAACUACGGUGUCUGCAGUGCAAAAUGAUUAUUAUGAUGAUUAUUACUUCAAGGAAUAAUAAUAAUAAUAAUAAUAAUAAUAAUAAUAAUAAUAAUGCAUAGGCUAGUGUAAUGUGGUGAACCAGAACUACCAUCCGAUCCCUGCUGAAGUCAUGGUGUGUUUCAAACCUCAUUUGUGGUGCAGGACCCGCGGUGUCGCGCUCUGUGUCAGUGGACGUAAUUUUUCUCAUACCUUUUCUUCCCUUUUUCUCAUCCUGCCUCUCUUUUUCUUCAUGCAGACCCUUCGGUGGUGUGCGUCAGCGCACCAUGGCCCAGACCCUCCAGAUGGCGAUCCCAAACUUUGGAAACAAUGUUUUAGAGUGUCUGAACGAGCAGCGGCUGCAGGGCCUCUACUGUGACGUCUCCGUGGUCGUCAAGGGCCACACCUUCAAGGUAAACAGCAAAGUUUGUAAGAGGUAAAGUGAGCAGGUGGGUUAGGGAAGACCAGUUAUAGGGCUGGGCGAUACCAGCUGGAAUCUGGCGUUAGUCCUUUGUCUGUAUCUGCCUUUUAUUUUACAGAUAGAUGAAAAUAUGAACUAGUUCAAAGGUGUGUCUGAUUGGCUGAUGGUCUCUGGUCUCAUUGUAACACCGUACUUAUCUACUUUUCCUCCCAGGCUCACCGAGCCGUACUGGCUGCCAGCAGUUCUUAUUUCCGGGACCUUUUCAGCAGCAAUAGUGGAGGUGGAGGCGGCAAUGAGACCAACCCGACCGUCGUGGAGCUCCCAUCAGCUGUGCAGCCUCAGAGCUUUCAGCAGAUUUUGUCCUUCUGCUACACGGGACGCCUCAGCAUGACGGUGGGGGACCAGUUUCUGCUCAUGUACACCGCAGGCUUCCUGCAGAUCCAACAGAUCAUGGAAAAAGGAACCGAGUUUUUCCUCAAAGUAAGGCUUAUCUGAGGGAAGGAUGCAUGCUGCACUGAUCUGUAGUUGCUAUAAUACCUCAUCAUUGACCAGCAUUAGCAGAGAAAGCAGGCCGUGUUUUUUUGAUUUUUUAAAUUAUAAUAAUAAUAACAUUAAUAGAUAUGAGAAAAUAAUAAAAAAAUAAUAGUAAUGAUGAUAAUAAUAGCAAUAACAAUAAUAAAUAAUAUAAUUAAAAAAAAUCCUGAUAAUCUUAUUAACAAUAUUAAUACUGGUAAUUAUAAUAACAAUAAAUAAUAAUAAUAAUAAUAAUUAUAAUACUAAAUAAAAAUAAAAAUACUACUACUUCUAGUAAUAAUAAUAAUAAUAAUAAUAAUUAUUAUUAUUAUUAUUAUUAUUAUUAUUUAUUAUUAUUAUUAUUUUUAUAAAAGAAAUGAUAGAAAAAUGAAGGCUGCAGCUUCAGUUUAACUAACAGUAUUUUUCUAUAUUUUAACAUGUGCCCUAAAGACUGGAGCUCUCAGGGUUUAUCAGAUGGAUUAGUCACGUGUGUUCAUGACCUUUUGUUACCUGUGCCUUUGUCAGAGCUCCUUUAUGGUCACCACGGUCAAAAGUCUGGACACACCCCUGAGUAUUCUCACAGUCGGCGGAAACAGGAUCACAGUGAAGCUUCACUAAAAGUCAAGAGAGAGGAUUGGUUAAUGUUGACGUGACUCCUCCUCCUUUUUGAUUCCUCAGCCAAUAGCGUGGCAGACACAGUCAUGUUACUGUCGUUUAUGCUAACACCGAGUCUCUGUUUCUGCAGGUCUCCUCUCCCAGCUGUGACUCUCAGGGCCUCCACGCCGAAGAGGCCCCGCCCUCUGAGCCUCAGAGUCCCGUAACACAAACCAGUAACGGCGCUGCACGCCCUGCGUCCUGCGUGACACCACUUUCUUUGGUGUCCCGAGUCAAGACGGAGCAGCCAGCCAACCAGCCGGAGGCCGCCACUCCGUACUCAGUGGUCUGCACACCUGUCGCUAAGCGGCUGUGGGAGGGCGGCAGCAGCAGAGACGGGGGUGGAGCAGGCUCAGGAGGAGGAGGAGGCGGGGCCAGGAAGGCAGCCCGUUAUUCCCAGGAGGCGGUGCGGGGCAGUGCCAUCCAGAGCCCCGGAGCCCUCGGACUAGCCAUGGGUAUGGGCGCUACGGCAACCGGCCUGGCAGGGAUGGUGGCCACAGGUGGGACCAGCGGGAGCGCCGGCACCAACGGGUCCGCAGCGGGUCUCGGCAUGUCAGAGGGCGCCAGCCCAGGCACCCUGAGCACCUACGCCAGUGACUCACCCAUCAGUUACCAUGACGACGAAGAGGAGGAGGAGGGGACAGAAGAGUGCGCCGAAGAGCAGUACAGGCAGAUCUGUAACAUGUAUACCAUGUACAGCAUGCUCAACAUGGGGGCUGCAGGUGAAUCUCACAGACACCACACGUGUGUUUGGGUGGAGGUCCACGCUGACUCCUGUCUCCUUUCAUGAAUUAAAGAGUAAUCUCAUGUUUCAGCAGGCGGAGGCGCUGUGUGCUCUCCGUCCUCUGCCUGUUAAAGUGACGUGGUGUGAUGUUUAUCUCGCUGUGUUUGCUGUUUUUUGUUCCCGCAGCCGCAGGCGAGCGUGUCGAGGCUCUACCAGACCACACGGAGACACGGGGUCGGAUGCGAGGCAGAGACCUUACAUGCCUCCCCGCAGAACUCAUCGCUCAGAUCGGGAACCGCUGUCACCCCAAACUGUACGAGGAAGGAGACCCUGCUGAGAAACUCGAGCUCGUCUCAGGUAACGUUAUUAAUCAGGGUCUACGUUUAGAGCGAGUUCCUGCAGCUAUGGGCUCGAGAAAUCCGGAUAAAGUAUUACCCCCAAUUUUCACCGCACCCGGAACGGCUCUGAUCUGAAACGGCGGCAAUUUUUGCCGUCCGCCAAUUUCUACUGGAUACAUUUGUGAGGCAGUUUCGUGGUGGAUUACGGACAGCUGUAAUCACGAGAAUUCACAAGGACCACGAGUUGUCUCUCUAAAGACAGACACAUAGACAUAUAAGCAGUAGAUUGUGUCCUUCCAGAGGAGGAAAUCUACUUCUAGACUUCUAGAAUCAGCAUCUCCUCAUCCAUGGUGUCAUCGGGGUGAAAUGACGUCUAAAAACCUUUCACUUGUUCGUCUCCGCCCGUUUGCAUGGUGUGAAAUACGAUCCUCCUGAAACACGGAGUGUUUUAUUUUGAAAAGAAGCCGGAUGUUUUAUUUUGUGUCUGUGCCCGACUUCCUUUCCAGCACGGGUUAAUCUGUGCUGAAUUUAUCCGCCAUGCUCCGGCGUCCAGAAAAAAUAGAACUCUUGUGAUCAGCUGAGGAGUCCGACGAUCCUCAGAGGAACGGAAAGAAGUCGGUGUAAAUUGACACGUUAACUUGAACGAUCAGCUACGAUCCGUGGAUAUUGCAUUUUUGUAGCCAUUCUGGAUGCGGUGGAAAUUGUGGGUUAGUGGAUGAAAACACUCAGAAAAUAAUAAAACUGUUGAUUCAAAGAACGGAGGCAGGACCAGAUCUGACAGGAGAUGUCCUCAGAUGACUGGGCUUGGCUCUGGCAUGCAGAUUAGGCUGCAUUGAAACAUGUGACUCUGCAUGUUUAUGUAAAGACAGUCCUGUGACAGUGUCUGUUUUACUGUUUUGCGCUGACUGACUGACGUGUUCAAGACAACGAGAGAAAGAACGGCAGAGAAAGAAGAAUGAGAGAUCUGUGAGAAUCUGAGUGUGAUAGGAGUAAGAAGAGAAAAGAGAGAGAGAAGAGUCAGAGUUAGCUCCAUGGACGAUCAGACGCAGUGAAAGCUCGGCGUCCUCAGUCCCCACCUGCAGCAGCUGUCGUGUUUGAACUGAGUCAGAGUCGACUCUAGACAAACAAAGACUCUGCUCCAGUAAAUCUCAGUGAAGAUCCGGGCUUUAUAUGACCCACAUGAUCUGAAUCUGAACAGGUCAAACAGGCCGUAAAGUAAGCUGUUUGAUGGUUCACUGUGUGUGUGUGUGUGUGUGUGUGUGUGUGUGUGUGUGUGUGUGCAGGUACGUCUGUGUAUAUAUCCAGAGCCCAGCUUAUGAACUGUCAUGUGAGUGCGGGGACCAGACACAAGGUGCUGCUGAGGAGGCUGCUGGCCGCCUUCUUUGACAGGUCUGUUUCUUCUGUCUGUGAGUCUAUUUCUGAAAGUGUUUCAUGCUGAGUCAGCAGAAGCUCAGUAUUAAUUUAGAAAUCUUUUUUUUUUUGUUAUCUGAACAGUUAUUUUAGUUUUUCCUCCUGCUCUGUGUAACUCCUGGUUUCGAUGCUGCAGGAACACACUGGCCAACAGCUGUGGGACCGGCAUCCGCUCGUCCACCAACGAUCCCAGUCGUAAACCCCUGGACAACCGAGUUCUGCACGCAGUCAAAUGUGAGUCUGUAAACUACACAUGACUGGACUAAGGGAUCGACAUACAUGAUGCCUGAACAUUCAUAUUCAGUGCAGGGCUUGGUAUCAGAAUCAGAUCAGAUUCAGAAUCACAAGGUCCUGAUUUGAUUUCUGAUUCAGGUCCGGGUAGGGCUGGGCGAUAAAACGAUAACGAUACAUAUCAGAAAUUAAUUUUCCUCAAUAUGAAUAUAAAACAUGGUCAAUAUGCUUUUCAAUAGUCGUCAUUCUGCCAUGUUUUGGUCGACUAUACGAACAGCCAAUGAAAAGGGGAGUUACUCCGGGUCUGAACCAAUCAUGUUCUGAAUUAGAACCAAGUAUCAACCAACUGCAGCGUCGUAGCAGACAGCAGCUCCACCCAACCAUAGCACUUUAACAGGUGAAGCCGACAGCACUGUUGGUGAGAAACAAAGAAAAUGAGUGCUACCCCCGACAGAAAUGACCAUGAAGGCUCAACAGAUGACCACAUCAAUGUCAACCACAACACUGGCGUUAGGAAAACGUCGGUGGUGUGGAGGUAUUUUGGUGUUUGGAGGUCGGACAUGAAGCAGAGUAAUGUGGACUGUAAAUUAUGUCGAGUACAUGUUCUCAAAGUCGGGGAAUACCUCAAAUCUUUUUCACCACCUGAAGCAGCGCCACGCCGCAGAGCACGCGCAAUGCAAAAGGUUACAAACCCCGAGAGGAGCGAGGAGCCGAAACAGACGACCAUUCAGUCGUCUUUCUCUAGAGCGACGCCUUACGACAAAACGCCAAAGAGACACAAAGACCUCACAGAUGCAGGAGAUUAUUGUGUUGGAAAAGACAUGAGACCAAUAAACACUGUUAGAUUUUUAUAUCCUGAUAUUGAUCCAUAUCAGCUGAUAGGAAAAUAAUAUAUCAUGAUAAACUUUUCCCCGUAUCGCUCAGCCCUACAUCCGGGUUCUUUCAGUUUCUAUUAAUUUUUUAAGUUGUAGGGAUCUUCUUCAGUCUGCGUUAAUUAUUAAAAAUGUUAAGAAUUGACCCUUCGGCAGUGAAUUAGACGUACUUCUCCUUUAACAUGAUGAUCAGCUCUCUUGUUCAAACCAGUCUCAUGUUCACUAAACUGAACCCUUAUUUCAUGGAGGCUGCACUGAAACGGGACUUUGGACCGUUUCACUCCUACAUCCACUGACCUGGUGUUGAUGACAUCAGAGCCCAUCUAUGUUUUUAAAGAUCUAUGCUGCAGAAAGUAAACAGUAGAUCUCAGUAGAUGCAGAUUUAAUCCUCAGUUUCUUUGAGUUUUGGUGAAAAGGACUAACUGGAUGUAUUUUGUGCGAACGCUCUGUCACAGUUUCAGGGUGUCCACGUUUAUGUUUGUAUGUCAGUAACGCGCAGCAUGGACUGAGUUCUUAAAUGAGACUUUAAACGCCUUUAUCCACAACGCCGCACAGACCCACAUCCUCACAGUCAAAGUUUGUCUCAGGGUUAUUCUCAGGACACGGAGCUGACCUGGAUGGUAUCUAUCAUAUCUCAUUUAAUGCUGUCACAGAUUUCCAUCAUAUCUCACCUCCAUAUUGAUGAUCUUCGAUGUCUGUGACGUUUGUCGGUGCAGCAGCUCUCAUGUCUGUGGAGCCACCUGCAGGUCAGGGAAACAAGAACAGAUCAGGCCUCAGAGUUCAUGAAUCAGUGUUUUAACAUUAGAAUAAAAAUAGUUUAAGAUCAGAUUUUUUAAGCCCCGCCCUCAUUAAAGUUUCAGUUGAUUGACAGCUGACCUGAACUGUUUAUUGGUCGGUUUUAAUGUAGAGUAAAGUGAAGAUUACUAAAGGCUACAAGUUCCUGACAGCCUCCUGGGUUUUCAUUGUGUAAUGACACACAGUGACCACUAGGCGGCACCAUGAAGCUGAGUGAGGGACCUUCAGUGUGUUUGUGAACACAUGAGAGGGUGACACUUAAAACUGGGACAGUCUGCAGACGACCUGUGAACUCGGCCUCCGUCUAAAUGACAUUUCCUUUACAGAUUACAGAUCCUUUUUCUAAAACCUUAACACAGACUCACUUCUACAAAACUCAAUAAUUUUCUUCUCAAAACCACAUUUUGUUAAAUAUUUACUAACUCUUCAUUUCAAACUAGAACACGUCUUUCUCUGCUCACACUAACUUCACCAAAACACUGGAAAUCUGACUCCAAAUGAAAUUAUCCUGUCAGAGAAAAACUCUUGUUUUCACUUCAUGUACAUGCAGUCAAUCAAAGUUCACCAGGGUUCAAAAUACUGAUUAUUACUGACAUUAUGAAAACUACAGAGUCUUUGAUGUUUUUUAGUUUUACAGGUAAAAACAUGAAAUCCACCGUAUCUAAUCUCUCUGAUCUUCAGGGUUCAUAUUUUCAUCAACAUCUGAUAUUAUCCACCUGAGAUAAAUCCACUUGGUAUGUUGGAUCCACCCUUCGCCCAGUUUACCAACAUAAACCAGCUGUGUGUCAAUGAUUCAAUAGUUUGUUUAUUAUCAGCGAUUUAUUGUUUUUAAACUGAUAUCAUGACAGAAGCAGAGGUUUUUAUUCUGUAUCGAAGGUUUGGAAUAUUGUUCUUGCUUUUAUGGGAUGUUGUGUGUUAACAUUUUUUAUUAAUCUAAAAAUAAUCAUCAUUUUGUUGGGAGGUGUCGCUCGUUAACGUUGUGUAAACGUGUUCACUGACUGAAAGAAACUGUAAAUGUUUUAUUUGAAGCCUCUGAAGUCGAGCAGCGUUCGCCGCACAUCAGCUGACGAGCGUUAGCGGGUUUAUGUCAUUUUUCAGUCUCCUCCACGCUGGACCUCAGGGUUUCAUUUCCUCCGCUUUAAUCGUCUUUUUCUCCUCUUUCACCACCAGUUUACUGCCAGAACUUCGCCACCAGCUUCAAAGAGAGCGAGAUGAACGCCAUCGCAGCCGACAUGUGCACCAACGCUCGCCGUGUGGUCCGUAAGAGCUGGAUCCCCAAACUGAAGCUGCUGAUGGCUGAGAGCGACGCCUACUCCGCCUUCCUCCCUGAUGGAGUCAAGAUGGAGGACGACACCUUAGGCACGGACCCCGCCUUCGACCCGGCCUCUCUGGAGGCCGCUGGCGGCGUGGGCAUGGAGUCCGGCGGCUCUUCAGGUGAAUCGCUACCAGGUGUGGGCGGGGACGGAGGACCCUUAUUUUGAAGGCGGUGUCCGGGGAGGGUUGAAAUUCGGUAACACAUCCCAGUAUUCCCAGCUCUGCUUGCCUCCUCACUCUUUGGCCCACGCUGAUCUCUCACAUCUGACCGUCUGUACUACACCGCCAGGGCGCACAGCUGCCGGCGCCCUGACGUAACCAGGACGUGAAAACUGUAAUUCUUGCUUUAUGACUGAACCCUGGAGUUAGCUGAAGAAAGGGAGCGAGUGGGAGGGCGUUCAGUUUUCUGCCUCCCUGGUCUUUUUAAGGUGUAUAACUCAUCCACAUAUUAAAUACAUUCCCCGAAACGCAGGUGGGGGGCGCCGCGUGUGCCGCCGGAGGAGGAAAAGAUGGCUGGAUGGAUAGAUUAGGAGAAAAGGAAAAGUACUGUAUCAUGAAUGUAAGUGUCAGUGGCAUUUUUCUCUAUGCAAACCUGACGACUUGUAUUCCAGCCUCGGGAACGGACCUGAUCUCCAACACUUCCUGCUCUUCCUCCACUCAUCGUCACCCUGCAAGUAUUCCUCACCCCGCACCCCCCCGAGACCCGAGAGUCUCGCCCAGCGUCUCACUGUGCAGUCUUACAGAAAUACCGCUCAUCUUAUAAAUUUUACUUUAUCUGCAAACUGAAAGAGACCCCGAGAGAAGGGAAACGCUUUCCACGCCGAGAUGAUUGUGGAGAAGAGUGGAGGGCGGCGGUGAAUCAAAGAUGGUCCUAUUUUUAGAGGAUAAACUAUAUUUAUACAAAUGUCCACGCUGAGCAGAGACAGAGAGCGAGAGGGAUAGUUUUCAAACCUUCAUGGUCAUGUUUUAUCAAAUAAGGAAAAGUGCUAUUUUUGCAGAAAAGCAGUCUCAUCAUAGGACCGUUUAUUUUUAUCUGACAGAGCGAGCAGAUGAGCGGCUAAAUUUACAGCGUUUCAUCUGCGGUCCAGGAUACGUUCGGUCUGAUUGAGCUGGCUUGACUGUUUUUAUGAUUAUCUGUUUUAUCUGACACGUUUGCCUCCUUCGAAUAAACAUCGGCCCACAAUUACUCUGAGAAAUAACAAGGUUAUCACGACGCCACAACGUUGAAAAAAUGAGAAGAUGCUUAUAUUUUUGUGCAAAGGUCAAAGGUCUUCGCAGAGACUGUUGGAAUGUGCCUUUUAGUUUAGAAGAAGAAGAAGAAGAAACUCGGCGGGUCAGGAGACGCAAUAUUGCUUGGAGCAAAAGGCUUUAUGGUACUAUCGUGCGUGUGUGCGUGCGUGCGUGCGUGUGUAUGUGUGUGAAGGCGGAGUCUGUUCUGCACGGCUGUGUGUCUCCGUAUGUCGUUUAUUCAUGUAUCUAAUGCACCACCUCUUUGAGUUUGCACCUUCUGUGAGAGGUGGAGUGGAGGUUUCUGCACCUUAACGAGAGAACCGGUGGUUCACGCACCUUUAGGAGAAAAAACGUCGUGUAGCAGCUGAACCCCUUUUAGACGGUGUGUUUCCUUUAGUCGCCCGGCGUCGGCGCGCGUUCCUGCGGAGAAGUGGCACAAACCCAACUGUAAAUAAUCCAGAAGACUGUUGAGUUUAAUCCCAAGUGUUCUUCCUUUCUGUUGCUGGAUGCACCUGAUUCUUACUGAUCUGUUCUGGUGACCGUCUGUGUUUGUGAGUGCAUGUGGACCUGCAGAGGACAGGUCCAGGUCCUGUCGAGGGCGGAUACAGGUGUCGGUGUGAUUUAGGAGACUGCGCUUAAUCUGACAUGCUCUCAAAGACGACUGAUCACUUUCUUCUUCUUAAAGCGUGUAUUUUUUCUGAGGAUAGCUUUGGUGUAAAAAAAAGAAAACUAGUUAUUUUUUCAGUCUUAUUGAAAAUAUAACAAGAGGCAUGAUAGAAACAGUUCAACAACCUCUUUUCAUUUUUGAUUCAUAUGAUCAGGAGGAGUUUCCUGGACAGAGAUUUCGGGUCCGAACAAACAUGCAGUACCGUGUGAGUAUUCUGUUAAGGGUAACGCCAACAAAACCUCAGUACGCUUUUGCAUUUGACUGUCGAUGCUGCAGGAGCAUCCCUCCCCCAUUUACCUCUAAGACUGCUGUGCUUCCUGUCCCCCAUGCAGCUGUUUCAGGUUUCACUUCCAAAAGUCACUUCAUGUGUGUCAGAGAGGCAAAGCAGCGGUUUCAGGUAGUUACAGCUCAAUUCUUUCGCAUUAUUCGCUCAGCGGCUUUUUCACUCGGACAAGUUUACAACACAACUCAAGCUACACCUCUGUGAACGUUUUCCCACCAUGACAGUUCUUUAGUUUGCAUUUCCCUCUGAUGUUGACGUGAGCGAAACCCUCAGAGGUUUGUGGAGAUAUCACAUGGUGUCGCACAGAAAACUUGAAGCGGGGAGUUUUCUCCUCAGAGGCCCAGCAGGAGUUCAGUGAACGUGAACCUUAGGGACGUCCAGCCCCUUCACGCAUCGACACAGCUGUGAAUCAGAGAGGGAGUUUAAAGAUAUAUAUAUUUUCAUGUUUAAAAAAAGGUGAAAAUCAUUUAAAUUUCUGCACAGAUGAUAAUUAUGUUUAAUUUGGAGGGAGUUUGAAUCUGAUCACUGCAGUGGACAACAAAAGUGAUUUUUUAGAGUGUAAUACUGGUCCAUGAAAUCCUCUUAUAAUGACACUGCUAAACAUGGAACGAGGAACAAACUGUGUGUGUGAUUUCUGCACUACAGGCUCACAAGUUCCUGUCCUCGAAUAGGUCCUCACUUUACACACCCUGAUAAAGGUCAAGUUAAAGGGAUAUUCCAGCGUAAAAUUAAUUUAGUGUCAAACACACAAGUAACACCAAGUUAGACCCCCCCUCCAGAGAUGAAUGUUGCCGACCGCUUGCUUCUCUAGUUAUACCAACUUUAGUAACGACUGCAGGAUAGUAAUACAGAGAGGUCUGACGCCCCCAACCAAAACGCCACUCUAUAGCCAUAAAUAAUGCUCAGAACAGCACCUAACUUCAUCAACAGGACAUAUAGGGUCACAGACAUAGUACUAUAUUCAGAGUUGUUCUAACUUCUAAGAAAACAAACUUAAGUGGGGGCGUUUCUCCACCUCUGUAGUCUAUAAGCUGGGCCAAUAAACUUCUACUGUAGUAAAAUGAAAAGGUAAAGGUGUUUUUAUUGAGCCGAAUUAUCAAUAAAAUCAUGAUUUUGUUAACAGGUAUGGAUUUAUGUGCUGUCGAGUUAAUAUAUUUGAACAAGAGCACAGUAAAGUUAAAUCAGCUAAUUUUCCAAUGAGGUUCUGUUACUGAACUGAACUACACCAUGUUCUACUGAGGUUAUAUUGGGUCACAGUCAUAGUACUAGACACCAAACAUCUUUUUAACUUUGACUCAUUUCUUUAGCAAAGAGACUAAACACAACUCACCUACUCUCUUCCAGCAGACGCUUGUUUGUAGAGAGACCUCAGGCCAGUCCAUUACGGACUACAGCGGGGUGACGCAGCUCAAGGAAGAACAUUUAUGAUCAUCAGUGUUACGGUGUGUUUGACCCUAAAUUAAUUUUACUCUGGAAUAUCCCUUUAAAUAUUCGGUCCUCCUCUCUGAUUCACUGAAAAGACAAAUUUAAGAAGUAUCUUUAGACAUGACUCUAUCACCUAAACACCUGAAAACGGCCUCUGAAAGGUCUGGAGAUGCUCUCUGUAAGAAUCUAAACUCAAACUGGGAAUGUCAUCAGGCAAACAGCUGCUGACACAGACUGAUCUGAAGGCGUCUGCAGCGUGAGGUUAAAGAAAAUCAAGAUUUCAAAGGUUCAGAGUGAGAAACAACAAGGGCUCGAAUCAGAAACUGUGCUACACUGUGACCUACUGAAUGAUUCGGAGUCACUCCUACUCGUGUUCAAAUAUCACCGCUGAUUGUAAGGAAACCACGUUGGUCUGCUUUUCAAACUCAGCAGCCGGGCUCUGGUCCAGAACCAUCCGCGGACCUGCUGUGUCAGACACCAGGACCGGUUCUGGUGAACGUCUCACUGUCUGUCUCAUGUUUUUGUUUUCUCUGCUGGGCUCACUGAAGGGAACUGUUACUUCUUCACCUUUUAACGCACACGUUUACACCUCACUAAACAUGGAGACCCACACACUUUCAGCGGGAAGGUGUGGCACGGCAUGGGGAACCUUUUGUCACUAAACAGUACAUAUAUAAAUAUGAUGAUACACAUGUAUAGAUAAAUACUGUAUAUUAUAUAUAGACGCACACAUAGAGGUCAGAUUGUUUGUUGUGCACUCGCAGCAUGAGGUAUAUAUCUACCCAGAAACGACGCUUUCUCACUCCCUGUGCAGUAACUGGUCUGCCCAUGUCUUGGCCCCUGCUCCUGUCCCUCUGUAACCCCGUAGCGCCAGUGGACAUCGCCCUGUACUCGUCAUCCUCCUCUUUCUGUGUUCCAAGUGCCAAUAACUUUGUGAAAGCCCUGUAACUGUGACCCAACAUUAUCAAAGGUAAUUGCACAUUAACGACUGUAAAAUAAAUAAAUACAAAUCAUAGAGAAAAUGUCGACAUGGAUUCAAUAAUGAAUAUCUUAAUAAAAGAUUUGUAACAAUUUC